AUGCUCAUCAAGACGUUGCUCUCAUGUCUCCUCCUUCCCUUGGGCAUCAUGGCCGCGCUCGACGACAAGGCGCAGCUAGCCAACCGGACUAUUGAUCGUACCAUCUCACUUCGGACACACUCAAUAUACCCCCCAUACAUUGACCAAGACUUGCAAAAUCGCUGGUGGGACUUCGGUGCCGAUGCCUACGUCAACACCAACAAAUACAUUCGUCUCACGCGUGCCCGGGCAUCUCAAAUGGGCUGGCUUUGGUCGCGUGCCCCUCUCACUGCGUCUAACUUCGUACUCGAGAUCGAAUUCAAAGUAUCGGGUGACAACAACCAUCUGUACGGCGAUGGGCUUGCUAUCUGGCUGACAAAAGAUCGCGCUCAGCCGGGCCCUGUGUUCGGUAGCAAAGACAAUUUUGAAGGCCUGGGUCUCUUCCUUGACACUUACGCCAACUCGCGGCAUCCCUAUUCUUUCCCGCGCAUCAACGCCAUGCUUGGAGACGGCAAGACAUCGUACGACCUCGAUAACGACGGCGAGAAGAACUCCCUUGGUGCAUGCUCAGCAAACUUCAGGCGUACAAAUGUUGCAACCAAGCUCAAGAUCACCUACCUUCGUGAGCAGUACUUGAACGUGAAGAUUCAGUAUAAGGCCUGGGACGAGUGGACCGACUGCUUCACUGUUCAAGGUGUCACUCUUCCGCUUGCCCCUUAUAUUGGCUUCUCCGCACUCACCGGUGACGUCUCGGAUAAUCACGACAUCAUCAGCAUCACCACCUACUCCGCCAUCCUCUCCUCCCCAGACGCUCAGCGCGACAAACUCACAGGAAACGCUGGUCGUAAAUUCGGGAUCAGCCAAUCUUCGUCGUGGACCUGGACGUUCGUCAAGCUCUUCCUUUUCAUUGGCGUCGUAGCCGGCGCGCUCUACGGGUACAAACAGCACACGCUCAGGCAAUCGCGCGGAGGACUCGGCGGAGGGACGUUCGGGAGUAUGGGCCGAACGAUGCAGGGCCUCGGUGGAGCUUUCGACAGCAAGCGGUUCUGA